UACCUGUACCUUCGUUGUCAUUGUGACUAUCUUAUACUUUUCCUUCUUUAAUUUCCUUCUCACCCUUUAAAUUGUUCUUAUUCUCUGUCAGACCUAUAUAUAAACCACCCUUCCUCUAUUCCAAUCUCAACGCAUCCAAUACUUCUUCUUCUUCUUCUUGAUUAUUACAUUCAACUUUAUAUAUUAAUAUACGUUAAUUAGUUUUUCUUGUAAAGUAAUGGCGUCCGUAAAUGGUGUCGUCUUUGAAGAUUUCUUUCCAGCCAUGGUGGAAAAGCUAGGGGCUGAUGGGUUUAUGAAAGAACUGUGUAAUGGGUUUCGGCUGUUGAUGGAUGAACAGAAAGGUGCGAUCACAUUUGAAAGCUUGAAGAGGAAUUCUAGGUUGCUGGGAUUGCAAGAUAUGAGCGAUGAUGAAGUAAUGUGUAUGUUAAGAGAAGGAGAUUUGGAUGGCGAUGGUGCUUUGAAUGAAAUGGAAUUUUGUACUCUUAUGUUUAGGUUGAGUCCUGGGUUGAUGAUGACUUCAAGAAAAUGGCUUUUAGAAGCUCUUGUCAGUGAAAUGUAGGUUUUUUUUUUUAAUCUUACAUUAUUGUUAAUUAAUGUUUCUUGUUCUUGGUUAGAGCCAUCUUUUUGUUUUUCUUUCUUUUUCCCAGCCUAUCGAUUUGUAAUUUCCAGCUCCAUUAGUAGAAAUUUGAUGUCAAUUCUAUCUUUAUAUUCCAA